AUCGUCCCAUGCUUACAGCAACGACACAACACAAAUAAUCAGUUCCGUAACUCGCAGAUAGAAAGAAAAAAAAAUCUUUCACAAGGUCUAUUGUCCCAGCCAGCAGUUGCUGAUCGCAAGCCAUGAGCUCUCGCAUGGCCGGGGCAGCGCUCCUGCGCCACCUGGGCCCGCGCCUGUUCGCGGCCGAGCCGGCCGUGUCCGGGCUCGCCGCGAGAGGCGCCAUGCCCGCGGCCGCGAGGAUCCUCCCCGCCAGGAUGGCCAGCACGGCCGCGGAGGCGGCGAGAGAAGAUGCCGGUUCGAAGCAGCACGGCAGCGCAGGCGGCACCGAGAAGCAGGAGGAGGAGGCAGCCGGCGGGCAGAGCAAGAAGGCCAUCGUCAGCUACUGGGGCAUCGAGCCGCCGAAGCUCGUCAAGGCGGACGGCACGGAGUGGAGGUGGCCCUGCUUCAGGCCGUGGGACACGUACACGUCGGACACGUCGAUCGACGUGAAGAAGCACCACGAGCCGACGACGUUGCCGGACAAGGCGGCGUACCUGCUUGUCAAGUCGCUGCGGGUGCCCAUGGACCUCUUCUUCCAGCGCCGGCACGCCAGCCACGCGCUGCUGCUGGAGACGGUGGCCGCCGUGCCGGGCAUGGUGGGCGGCAUGCUCCUCCACCUGCGCUCCCUGCGGCGCUUCGAGCACAGCGGCGGGUGGAUCCGGGCGCUGCUGGAGGAGGCCGAGAACGAGCGGAUGCACCUCAUGACGUUCCUCGAGGUGACGCAGCCGCGCUGGUGGGAGCGCGCGCUCGUGCUCGCCGCGCAGGGCGCCUUCUUCAACGCCUACUUCGUCGGCUACCUCGUCUCUCCCAAGUUCGCGCACCGCGUCGUCGGCUACCUCGAGGAGGAGGCCGUGCACUCGUACACGGAGUACCUCAAGGACCUCGAGGCCGGCGUCAUCGACAACACGCCGGCGCCGGCCAUCGCCAUCGACUACUGGCGCCUCCCCGCCGACGCCAGGCUCAAGGACGUCGUCACCGUCGUGCGCGCCGACGAGGCGCACCACCGCGACGUCAACCACUUCGCAUCGGACAUCCAUUACCAGGGGAUGAAGCUCAAGGACUCGCCGGCGCCGCUCGGGUACCACUAAUCGACGUGGCCUGCCCAGUUCAGCAUUAUUUUUACCCGGUCGUCGUAAUAUUUUUGUGCUGGCCAAUUUGCUUAGCGGAUCAGGACUGGUUUGCUACUUGUUAGUGAACCAGUUGGCUAUGUAUUAGGUUGUACUUUGUACAGAUUAUCGAAUCUACUAGAAAGGCCGCGCAGCGCGAGACCUGAUUUUUAUCAUUUGGUUGUAUUCUGUGAAAUUUUAUUUGAUACAUGAAUGAAGAACCUGCUUAGCUUGGUGAA